AUUUUAAACCGGUUCAGCAUACGUGGUAGCCGUAAAAGUAAGCGACGAUGCAUACGUUGGGAACACUGCGACUGCAGUGGUUAUGUACACAGUACAGCUGCGCACCGGUACGGUCUUUUCAAUUUGAAGACAUUCGCAGUUUGUAGUUUGCUGUGAAAUCUGACAACAGUGCACAGUACUCUGUACGCCUUUAUAUUUUUUAUAUCAUUAUUGCAUUCAAAAUACGACACCAUGCCGAGUCCGUUCCUGAAUAAUCUGGAUGGCCUGGCCACGGUGGCAGCUGGUAUUUUCUCCGGAACGGCAUUCUACACUUCCUCGCAGGAAGUGCCUGCCAUGCGCGAUCUGGGCCUGAAUGAGCACUGGAGGUUUUUCCCUUACAUGUACCAUCGUGCAUUUGUUUACCAAAGCGCUGCGGGUAUAACGGCUGGUGUCGGCAGUAUCAUCCAUGGACUGCGCAUUGUAAAUUCGGAUUUCGACCAGAAAUUGUGGAUUGGCGUAGGAGCAUCGUUCUUGGCGCUCGUCCCGUACACCUUCAUCUUCAUGGUGCCGACAAAUAACGCCAUCUGUGAGGACAGCAAACGGGUGACCGAAGGUGGACAGUCCCGUUUUGAGAUCCAUCAGCGCCGGGAUAUGCUGGAGAAGUGGAGCUCCAUGCACUUGGUGCGCACCGUCACUUCGUGCGCUGCCUUCGGUGUCAUGGUCUAUGCGCUGGCGCGUCAUGCCAAUCUGGUUUUCCGGCAGUAAAACCGUCUGGAAGUAACGGGAUAACCGGUUGCAGAUAGCGAUAGGUUACUGGCAUUUACUGUUGCUGUGCUAGCGCCGUGCUAAUGUCGUUAUGAUUUUUUAUUUGCAUGAUCAUGGUCUUCAUAAUUCACUGUAGCGGGAUUUGUUAAGAUAACUGGCACAAGUACGGUAUAAUCGCUGUUGUUGAAUUUUUCUUAGUUUUGAUUGAUUGUAUUUCUUGUGUGAAGAAUAACUGAACAUAA